CCGGGCUCGAGCAAAAAUAUUUUUCGAAGAUCAAAGAUGGACAAAGGUGUACUUAGAAAAAGUCUCAGGCUCUUUGAGGAUAACAAUGCACGUUUUGCUGUAAUCAAACUUACUUCUUGCAAUGGGACAGAAAGUGUCGCCUUUUCUGAUGCUAGUUGCGGAUUCGAAGUAUUGACAGACGAGAACAAAACACCAUGUUUUGUCCCGUUUACAGAAAUAUUCGAGAAGGGCAUUUCUUUCCUCCGAGAAAUAGAAAAUAACAGUUGUGAAAAAAUUGAGAGACUACAAGGCCCUACAAACGAUGCUCUUUUGUGUCUUGAUAGGUUUUAUAAAUCAAAAGAACAAAAUGAAGCCUCUUUGAGAAAGGUCUUUGACAUGGGAUGGGAGGAUAAACCCCGAGUCACUGAGACAGAUAUAACCGUCUGCCUGGCAGAGCAUCUCAUAGGAAGGCUGGCCCCUAGGGAGUCCUGUGUACUCAAUAGCAUGCUCAAAGGAAACAACUGCAGGUGUGGGUGUCAAAAGGAACCUACAUUUUCUCCAACAGGAAUAGGACAUGAGUUAGUGUGGCAUGGCUUUGUUGACAUUAUCUUCUCAUCACAUCAGGGAAUGUCAGCAAUCGCUCAUACUGUGAUGAAGAGUAAAGAAAUCAGUCCAAAGAAAAGAAAACGAGAUGAAGUGGAUGAUAGGCUUGAUGAUGAUUCUCAGAGACAGAUAACAGAAGAUCUCAAACAAAAAUCACCAAAUUACAAACUAGAAGAAGCCUUCGCUCAGACAAUAGUGUUUUCCUUGACUGAAAAUCAAAAACAUCCAAACUGUUUAAAUCAUAUGGUACCAAAUAUUGUGAUAUCUCCAGAAAAGUUUGAAAUAGUGCUGUAUGAUGCAGAAAGGGAUAUUUUGCUAUGUAGCAAUUCUAUUUUCUUAUUCAAUUUGGAUCUUCCAGAACACAGAAGUCUCACUAAUGAAGCCAUAAUUAUUUUAUGGAUGGUGUUACAUUAUGAAAUAUUCUGUUCUGGAUUUGAAAAGGCCAGUAAUGAUGUGCUUGUAAAAUGUAAAUCAAAUUUCAAAAGUCUAGUUGAAAGCAAAUGGGAUAUAUACUCUAAUUCACUAAAAAUCUGUGUGCCAGAAUUUCCUCCUGUAAAACGUUGGUCAAUUAAUGAGUUACUUCAUCGAGGACAUCAAUUAAAUCUGCAUUAACAUAAUUAAGAACUUUAUACUGUUACAUGUAAAAUUUUAAAAAAAAUGAUGUAUAGUUUGCUUUUUGUGAAUAGACUUUUUUUUAUCAUAAUUGGGUGACUUGGACCCAUGAA